AUUGCUCGGACUGAUUAAAUAACAUAAACAUUACUUUUUUAAGGUACAUUUUGUCAUAAUUAAUACAGGGCUCUUUUUUGGGCCAAAAAACAAAAUGUGAAAAUGUCAAUUUAAUAUUCGCUUACUUAGAUUAUUUACUUUACUAUAUAUGCAGUGCAGUGCAAUGUAGUUAGUAUUGUAUAAUUGCUUACUUUAGUAUCGCCCCUUAAAAUCUGUACCAAUCAAAAUGCUUUGUUUACACCUCCUUUGAUUGGACAUCGUCAGGUCACGUCGGGCAAUGCUCGGUUCUCAAAAACUAGGAAUUUCCUGUGUAUAUAGGGAAAAACAUUCCGACUCAAAACGUUUAAGAUAUUCCGCAAACAUGUGGUCUAAUAGUACAAUAUUAUUAAUUUUUAUUUUAUUUGUUUUUUACAAUUGCGAACCAGUAUAGGUCUCAAGCUUGGUCACACACAAGAGCUGGGCAACAUAUCCGUACGGACGUGGUCCUGACGUUUCCAUGUAUAAAUACCGUGAACUUUUAACAUAUUUAUUUCAUAUCUGUGUCGUACCAAUACGUGUGUUUAAAUACUUUAAAUACGAAACAAUGAGUGUCAUUGUGAAUCCGAGGUAAAUUGAACGCCUCGUGAACGGAAGGGUACUGUCGCCAUAGCAACUUGGCGUCCGAACGUAGGGCAGUUUUAAGUUGUCUGUCUGGUUAUAUGGAGCACUGUUGUAGUGUAUUAAUGUUGUAAUUAAAUGCAAUAACAAUGCCGACUUGUUUGUCCGCAUCUAAGAAAACAAACAACCAUGUUGCUAAUCUGAUUUAGCUUACAAAGUUGCCGCUACUUUGCUAACAAGAAGACGGGGCUAAUGCCGAUGCUAGCCGGAUGAAGCAAGGCCAUGUCCAACAAUAAUCUCCCGCCGGUGCGACACCUGCCACAGUGGAGCCGAGUCGGGCGUCUCGGAAUUCCUUGCCCGCCACGACGAUUACCGCUGCACCGCCUGCAGCCACUGAAUGUGCCUGCCCUGAGGGACAGAGAGGGGCCGAGAGGGGCUGUGACAGCUGGGUCCGGUCAGGGCGACUCAAACCCCCGGGUCACCUCGCUACAGAGGAAUAUUGAGUUCUUACAGCAACAACAUAAACACACUCUGGAGAAGCUUCACGAAGAAGUGGAAUAUCUUAGAAGGGAGAACAAAGAGUUGAAGUACAAGCUGAUCAUGGAUGAUCCCAAGUCAAGUAGAAAAGGUCAAAAAAACAGUCACGUGGCUUUUGGUCCAGCAACUCAGGAAAAAGGACCCUCACAGACCCAUUUGCUCAGACCUAACCGUGGCUCAGAGAUGCCGGGAGCACAGCCUAGACAAGUUCAAAACAAUCCAUCAUCCCAUCCUCCCCGCGCUUCCAACCUGCGGGAGUGUGAGCUCCUCAUCCGGCAGCUCUACAACACCAACAGUUUACAGUCUCAAGAAAUUAUACGCUACAAGGCUUUGCUGACAGACAUUAUGCUCAACAAGAAGAUCACCCCAGAAAACUACAAUCUGACCAAAACAUACCUCAUUGAUAGCACCAGCAAAUCCUCAGACAUCAACAUGUUUCCUAGACUGGGUCUGCAAACGACAAAAACGACGGGUGUGACCCUGCCAGCGCUCACACAAAGCAUCGGCUCCACUGUGGCGGAGCGCCAGAAGAGGACUCGUGCUGUGCACAGAGGCCACGUCAAGGCGACAGUGCGUUGAGAAGAUAACAGCUCAUCAUCACCUCUCUCGCCGCCAGCCACCUGCGGGAUGGCUCAGGUCCAUUUUUUAUUCCCCGCCACUGAAUGACUGAAUGCAAUCUGGAAUAUAUUUCCGGUAGCGGACUGACUCAGGCAUUUAUUUUUGAUGUUUAAGUGUUGGUGACAGAGUGUAUCUCUGUUAAACAAGUUCGUAUUUUCACUUCCUGUGGGUAUAAUGGUCAGACGACAAAAAAAAGACACAAAAGGAAGCUAGUAUAUCAAAUCAAAACUUUAUUUUAUUUUUUUAUUAAAAGUUGGCCUGCCGCCAAACAUACCUGAAUGUUGCUUCAACGUUCUUAUUAUCAUGCAAAGAAUGUAUUCAUAGUCCUCCGUCCACAAGCAAGCACAAUGGUGUUUGUUUAUGUCUAUGAUAAACAAAUAUUUAGUAUGUUUUGGCAUAGGUGUACGGAACGAGCAAGCCCUACAGCCGCUGAUGCUCAAUGGUCUGAGCUCCAUUAACAUGCACACAGUGUCGCAGUGCUUAGAGCUGCUCUGUUGAGGCAGCUGCAGCCACAAGGGAGAUGGUGACCGAAACCUCAAAAGCAGAGGAACGGUGCUGCCCUCCCCCUUUUUUUUAACUGGUGGUGACCGCAUUGGACCGCCGCUUUUCACGCUUAGUCACUGUUACCUAACACCUUAAAAAACUUUAUGUUAAGCUUCAUGUUUGAUGUCAACAGUUUAAGUAUGGCAAUUAUGAUCAUGCUAACUGUUGCCAGUGUGGGUGGUGGCCACAUCAUGGAAGACUACCUGGUUAAUAUGCAACAAUGCUGCGUCAUUUAUUUUUUGUUUCACUUUCAGUUUGAGCUACUACGCACUGAUAGAACAUGUGCAGCGUUUCCCAUACAUUCAUUCAUUUGUGGCAUCACUCCAGGUCACUGCUGUGCGCGUGAGUGGCAAGAAGAAAAGCAAGUCAAGUUAUUUUAAGUUAAUAAAGUAUAUACAGUCUAAAUAUUAUGGAAGUGAAGUUGUAAUUACAAGAAGAAAAUUUACACUAGAACGUUGAAAUAGUUGGAAAAUAAUAUUUUAAAAUAACAGCAGAAAAGGACAUUUAUGUGAAUGUAGUAAAAAUAUUCAGAGAAAAAAAGUAAACAAAAAAGGUCACAAUGUUAUGAAAAUAAAUAAUAUAAUAAAUUGUGCGAGAAAUGGCAUUUAUUAAAAUACAGGCCCUGAUAACAAUGUAG